AUGGUAGCCAUUCUUGUCCUGAAUCCGAAUUCCACGGACGCGAUGACUAGAUCGUUGCAAUCCGAGGUAGAAUCCUUGAAUCUACCGUCUUCCUAUCAGAUAGACUACUAUACUGGUCCUGUCGCAAAGUCUCCACCGUCGAUCAACAAUCAGGAAGAUGCUGACUGUUCAACUAAAGCAUGCAUCGAAGAUUUUGAUAAUAGAUGCCCACACAUCUACAAAGUGUAUGACGGAUACCUCAUCGCUUGUUACAGUGAUCAUCCUCUUGUGAAUGAACUACAAACAAAGAUAACCCGAUCAGGCGUUGUGGUAAUGGGAAUAUUUCAAGCUUCGAUGCUAUAUGCAAUGAACUUUGCAUCACAAAACAAUAAAGCUGCGAUACUAACCUCAGGACAUGAUUGGGAACCUCUACUUGAUCGUGCAAUUACCAAAUUCUGUGCUAACGAUCGGGGUUCUUUUCCAGCUACAAAAUUCAUCCCAACUUUAGCAGCUGGAAUACCCGUACUUGAUCUCCACAAGCCCGAGAAUUAUCCACACCUAAAAGACUGCAUUCAACAGCUGGUAGAAAAUGAUGUCGGAAUCAUUUUACUAGGCUGCGCAGGUCUCAGCUCUUUAAGUAAGAGAAUGAAAUCAGAGUAUCCCCAUUUAAAAUUUGUUGAUUCAGUAAAAGUAGGUGCUAGACUACUCAUAUCUUACAUAGAGGUGGGAGAUAUCUGA